AUGCUUGGGCUUUUGCCAUAUUACAGCAACAAGCGGAAGGUAUCCACCAUCGACGAUGAGAUUGCUUCGAGAAUAUCUACAGAUACAUGGUGCAGAAACAGCUUAUCAUGGCUGUUGAAGGAACGGCCGCCAUGGGCCCUCACUGGUUUACCAUUCUUUCCGACUACCUCGACAAGAUGGUUCGCUUGCGUAGUUCGACGGAGUGGUUGGACUAUGGACAUUGACAUAUUCUUUCAGUGGCUUUCAGCAAUACCCUUUUCGGGUGGUGGUUUCAAUGAUGCGCCAUCUCAGAAGGUUUAG